CCCGUUUGACCGGCUGGCGAGGAAACGUGGCAGGCGACGCGGCGCAGUUGGAACUUUCGACAGUUUACCUAUGCACCCUGCAGGACCGACGUAGUCAAUCCAGUUAUUCCAUGGUCAUAGGGUAACCGUCGUCUUCCUACGAUAACAAAAAUGAAGUACUCCGCUGUGCUACUUGGGCUAGCUGCCAUUCUGGCCAUCGGCCGCUGCGAAGAUGAAGUAAAUGAAGCUGCUCACCUAUUGGUAUCCAAACAAAUUCUUAAUAGAUAUCUCGUCGAGACAAUGGACAUUGUGGUUAAGUACACAGUUCACAAUGUCGGCAAUUCUGCUGCACUGGAAGUUGAAAUAACAGACAACUCCUUCCAUCCUGACAAUUUCGCCCACAUUAGUGGGGAACUAAAUGCUAGAAUUGACCGUGUUCCUCCAGGCACAAAUGUCAGCCACACAGUUGUUGUAAGGCCAAGGAAAUACGGUUACUUCAAUUUCACCGCUGCCGAGGUCUUGUAUCGCCGCACUGAGGACGCUCCCAGGAUGCAGGUUGCCGUCAGCAGCGAGCCUGGCGAAGGUCUUGUUGUUGCAUUCAGAGAUUAUGACAAGAAGUUCUCUUCUCACGUAAUUGAUUGGGCAGCAUUCGCAGUGAUGACCCUGCCAUCACUGGCCAUUCCGUUUGCCCUGUGGUAUUCUAGCAAGAGCAAAUAUGAGAAACUUUCAAAGAGCACCAAGAAACAUUGAUCGUCUAACAUCGAACUCCUAAAUUCAUUUCAAUCAUGGUGUACAAUAUUUGUAUAGAUUCUGCGUGAUUGUGAGACGCAUGACUGUUUCAUUAUAAAUAAUUGAUUUUUUUUUAAAUAAACGCUAUUUAUGAUAAUUAUACUACCAGUUAUUCUUCGGUGACCCUGUUAUAAUAAAAAUUAAAAUUAGUAUAAGGCAACAAUCGAAUAGACAAAUCAAAUGUUAGUACUCAAGUGCAGUAUAACUUUAUCGUUUUUGCCAAA